AUGACGGCGCUGGCAGGAGAGCGAGGAUCGGGGCGCCAGCUCCUGGCGCUCGCGCUCUGCGUCGCGUGCGCGGGAUCGAGCGCGCUGCCGUCGCACAGAGGGCAGCGUCAGAAGCUGCUGCUCGUCUCGUUCGACGGAUUCCGCUGGAACUACGACGAGGACGUGGACACCCCGAACCUGGACCACCUGCGCACCGUCGGGGUCGCAGCGCGACACAUGGUGCCGCCCUUCGUCACGAUGACCUCUCCGUCUCACUUCACCCUCGUCACUGGGAGGCACCCAGAGUCUCACGGCGUCAUUCACAACAUGCUGUUCAAUCCAGAGACCAGAGAAAAACGCAACUUUAAGAAAACGCAACUGCGCUCCGAAUGGUGGAACCAGACCCUCCCCAUCUGGAUCACGGCACAGAACCAGGGCCUGAAGACCGGCUCGUUCCACUUCCCCGGCGGAGCUGCCACGUACUCUGGCCAGACUCCAUCCAAGGCCGUGGCGGAGGCGGACGAUCAUCCGAACAGCAACGUGACCGAGUGGCGCCUCAACAUUGACAUCGUCAUGGACUGGUUCGUCAAAGACGGCCUCGACUUCGUGGGCCUGUACUACGGCGAGCCAGACUCCACGGGCCACAAGUAUGGACCAGAGACGGAAGAGCGGCGGGCGAUUGUGAAAAAGGUGGACGAGACCAUCGGCUUCCUGGUGGAAGCCAUCGAGAGGAGCGGCCUGAAGGACACUCUCAACGUCAUCAUCACCUCGGAUCACGGCAUGCUCACCACUCAGAAAUUUCCGUCUAUCGAUGAAAUUGUGCUGAAAAAUUUCAUUAACUUCACAAGGGACCUCAAGUUCGACCUGGUGGACUACGGGCCGUCCGGCAUGCUUCUGCCCAAGGAAGGGAAGGAAGAGGAAGUGUACCAGGCCCUGAAGGGUGCCCACCCGCACCUGCACGUUUAUAAGAAGGAAGAGUUCCCAGAGCGCUUUCACUACCGCAACCACGAGCGCAUCCUGCCCAUCUUGGUGUACGGAGACCCUGGCUACGUGGUCAAUGGGAGGAUGAUAUUCCAGUUCAACAAGGGCGACCACGGCUACGACAACGAGGUGCCCGACAUGUGGACCAUCUUCCGCGCCUUCGGGCCUCGCUUCCGCCGGGGCUACGUGGCGGAGCCGUUCGCCAGCGUGCACGUGUACGCGCUCAUGUGCGAGCUGCUCGGGGUGCAGCCCGAGCCGCACAACGAGUUCGACUCCUGCUGA